UUUAAUUUGGGGCUUUAUUAACCAGAGGUCCAUCUGUCGCAUGGGAAUGAGAAUGUAGUUGGUAGAGUGCUUGCGCAGCAUGCACGCAACCCUGGCCUCGAGUGCCAGAAACACAUUAAUAAAACAACGCAGGCUAGACAUCACUCAGGUCUGUGAUCGCAGUACUUGUGAAGAGGGUGGAAGCAGGAGACUCAGAAGUUCAAGGUCAUCCUUGCUACAUGCCAAGUUCAAGGCUAGCCUGGUCUACAGGAGACCUUGCCUCAAAAAACAAAAACAAAAUAAAUGACCCUGGUGGAAGUCUCUCUUCUUUCAAAGGCGGUCUCUAUUCUUUGAAGCGAGACUGAUCUCUUUCAGUGGUUUCCACAGUGACUUUGUCCUUCUUGGCUCAUCAGUCCCCAAGCCCUCCUUCCCACCUGGCCCUUUAAGAGCAGCUGCUGCGACCGUAACCGGGCAGACCCCAGCUGCUGCCUGCAGUGUUACUAUGGAGACAGGGACUAGCAGGAGGGGGCGGGGAGGCGACUGAGUCCGCGCAGGCGCAGACUGAGGCUGCCGUUCCGCAGCGGCCCCGCUGAGCGUCUAGACCUGGCUACGCGCUUCGCUCCAGACUCCGCGGGAGCACAGGCGAGCCGCUGCUCCCACCCACCCCACGCCCACCAGGUGCAUUGAUUGCCGUCCUCCUGUACCCCACCAGCCGCGUCCAGUCGUCUGGGUUGUCAGGGACAAAGGGAGGAACAACCCGGGCCAGCCCGGAGAACGUACACGUAAGCCCCCUGCAGACCCUCGGAUUGCCCCAGGGGAAGAUCGUUGCGUCGUCCCGCUAGAUAGCAGGUAGCUAAAACCCAGAGCCCCAAACCCGAGUCUGGACUCUCACCCUGCGGGUGGCCUUUCCAGAGUGGGUUUGACCUAGCCUUUCUCGGGCUCCCUCCCGCCCAAGAUUAGCCUCUGCCAGGCAGCGCCAUGACUAUGAACCUUCUGCAAGAUUGGUGUAAGGAGCUGGAAGUGGAGGUGCACAGGGCCCUCCUGAUCACGGGCAUCCCCGAGCGCCUGCAGCAGGCGGACAUCGAAGCUACCCUGAGGCCGAACUUGCAGCCCCUGGGCAACUACAGGCUUCGAACUGUGAGAGCCGUGACCAAGGAGAAGGCUCAGGCCGCCCUUGUUGAAUUUGGGGCCGACUUCGAUCACUCUGCCAUACCUAUCCACAUUAGGGGAGAGAAUGGGAUCUGGAAAAUCCUGAGUAAGGACCGCGGGCAAGAUGCGCGGGUCCUUAGGCAGAUGAGGCGCCUGUUGCUGGAUGAAAGGCCCAUGGAUGACUUCAGAGAAAUUGCCAUCCCUCUGGUAUUGGAGGCCCAGGCCCAGGCCAAGGGAUUAGGGAAGGAGGCCAAGAAAGCUGGCUCCUCUGAAGGGGCAGCUAGGAGCGGCCGUCGGGGCCGUCGGGGAGGUAAGCGGCGAUCCAGAAGCCACAAGUUGACGGCUCAGAAGGGCCAGAAGAGGAGCCGGGGAGGACGCCGAGCCAGGAGUGAGUCGGAAGACUCUUCUGAUGACAGCCUGGGUAUCGUCAUAGAGGAGAUCUACGCAGAGGACCUGAGCGUAGAUGAAGACCAGAGAGCCCUGUAUGCCACACUCCAAGCAGCCGCCAAAGAGCUCACCAAGAAGUGGGCCUUUCGGGGUGACCAGGACGAAGGAGAUGGCCCCCGAGAGUUUUUGGCACUUGUCACGGUCACCGACAAAGCUAAAAAGGAAGAGAUAGAGAAAGACCUUCCUGGGACAGAAUCUAUUUGCUUAAACAUCAAAGACGAAAAGAGCGGGGUCCCUGAUUUAGUCGCGCUACUGGCUGUGAGAGAUACCCCCGCAGUGGAGGUAGAAACAGAAGUGGAGGAUGAUGAUGAAGAAGAUGACGAUGAUGACGAUGAUGAAGACGAAGAUGAAGACGAAGAUGAUGACGAAGAUGACGAUGACGAUGGUUCCGACAGCGAGUCUCUGGAAAAUGGAGAGCAAGGGAAGGAAGUAAUGGACAGCCCCGAGUUUGUGGCUAUCGUGGCUUAUACAGACCCCGCCGACCCGUCUGCCAGAGAAGAAAUGCUGAAAAUCGCUUCUGUGAUUGAGACCCUCGGUUGGGGCGAUAAAAAAGACAAAAAAGAUGUCCUUCCUCAAGUCCUGUCCGUCAUGGCCAAGGACACCUCUGGGCCCAGGGUGAAGGUAGAAGAGGCAGGUCGCCAGGUGGACGCCAUGGUUCUGAGGAAGGCAGAGGAAGAUGGGAAUCUUCUGGAAUGUAUUUCCACCUUGGCUGAAGCAGAGAACUGCCCUAAAGGAAAGAAAUCUGGGCUAGGUCUCCUCAGAGGCUGGACCGCUGAGGGCCACCAGGGUGGCCUCUUGGAGCUGGUGGCACUCCUGGCUGCUCAAGAUAUGGUGGAAGCUGUGAGAGAGGAAGAAGCCAGCAGGUGGGGCGGUGGUGGAAGUGGUGGCCGGAAGUGUGAUCACAGCCAAGGUGGUUUAUCCGAGGUCCUGGCUUUCCUGGCCUCCCAGGAGAAUCUCGAAUCCAACGAGGAAUCGGAGGAAGAUUCAGACACAGAGUCAGAGGGAGAUUCCGAGGACACUGACAGCGAAGAGUCAGAACCUGGUGACAGCGUGUCCAAGAAGCCGCGCGCCAAGAGAGCGCGCACCGGCUCCAAAGGCUUGGCACCGGCCGGCGCCACCGCGGUCUCCACCGGGUCCCGGGCACGCAAAACCCGCAGGGGUGGCCGCGGUCGUGGCCGCGGUGUCACCCCAGAGAAGAAAGCGGGGAGCGGGGCUUCAACCGAGGACCAUGCGGGGAACAACAAAAAGAAGAAGAAGAAGGGAUCCGCAGGCGCCGGGGCCCGUGUCAGGGCUGGUGAGGCCAAGGGACAGCCAGCUGCUGUUCCCAAGUCUACCCGCGGAAAGAAAGCACGCAGGGGCCCAAGGCGGGCGCCCAAAUGCCGUUAGUGCCGCAGAUGUCACUACGAGCCCCGUCUCUUGUGUGUGGACUUCCCCCUUCCCGUUUCCUCCUAUUCUCUCUUCUCCCUGCAGCUUCCCUCUCGCUUAACCGCGUGCAUUUGCUUUGUGCUCCGCUGUGUCCCUGGCUGGCUAUGGCCGGUGCCCAGCUUUCCCUCUCAGUUCCAUGAACAGAUGGCAUGAGCGAUCAUUAUGGCUGCAGCCUAGAUACAAGGAAAAGAGACAAGGCACUCGGAUGCAGUGGCCGGCACCUGUUUCUGGCGGAGCCGUUGGGAUCUACUGGGAGCCACCUCUGGCCCUGACGGGGCAUUAGGGAGAAGCAAGAGUGAUGGGCACAAUGCGUAUUAGGGGAUUUUGGAAGGGUUAAGGGCCGUGUGUGUGUGUGUGUGUGUGUGUGUGUGUGUGCGUGCUUGCGCAAGCGCGUGUGUGCGCAUGUGUGUCUGCGCUCGCGCGCCCGUGUGUACAUGCGUGUGUGUGUGUGUGCGCGUGCGCGCGCGUGCGCUCCUGCGCGUGUGCGCGCGUUUAUGUGUGUGUAUUUUGAGGGAAAGGUAUUCCAUAAAUGCAAGUCUGAGGGGGCUGGGAGCUGGAGGAGGAAUAAAAAUGGAAGGAGAGGAGGGGAAUGUUGGGGGGGGACUGGGGAGGAGGGAGAAUAGGGGAACCAGGAGGAGGAAGGAAGGAAGGCGUUUGCAUUAGCCCAUCCUCCUGAGGCUUUGCAGUUGGGAACGAGGGGGAAGCUAAGCCUCCCCCCACCAGCCCGUGUCCACAGGUUGAACUGGUAAUAUACUGCCAAUAUGUUCUGAUUUGGAAAACUUACAUGAAAUCCAGAUUUCCAGCUUUCUGGGCAAGCCUUGCCCCUCCGACUGUGGUGCCCCAGCUGUCAGUGGCCACCCCUCAGCUGUUUGCCCUUGUAACUCUUGACUUAAUGUAACAAUGGAGUCCCUUGUUCACCCCCCCCCACUCCAACUGUGUGCAGUAAAGACCCCAGAUCCCCUUAAAGGGUCAAGUGUCCCUAUUGUAGGAAGCAGUUGCUGUGCCCCACCCUGGCAUCAUUAGUCCCCCAGUAAAGCCUGUCUGAUGCUGGCCACUCUCCAGCCCUCAGCUGUCCCUGAAAACAGCCGCUUUAGCUGUGUGUUUUCCUGUAGUGCUACGCGCCAGAAGCCCUGGCCGCCUAGUUCUGUGUUUCGAUGUGUAGAUAAUGCUUUGCCCUGCACAGCACUUUGCACCCUCUUGUUCGUGUGUGUGUGUGUGUGUGUGUGUGUGUGUGUGUGUGUGUGUGUGUUUUCAACUUUCUAUCCCCAGGAAGUGACCAGUUCGUGGUACCUGGACCUUUUAGGAUGUAACAGAAGUUCUGACCAGCCUCACACCCAGACCGAACUGUCCAGCUCCUCAGUGGGGACAUACAGAAACUGCAGGGGGCAUGGGUACCUCUUUGUACUCAGAGGCAGCCCCACUCCUUGCUUCCCAGGACCAGGGAUGAUGACGGGACAGAUGGAGAAGCAGGCCAGGGGAGCCUUCGGCUGGAGAGGAAACCCCACUUCAUGGUGGCUGAUGGACUUGGGGUGUGGUGGCUGGGGAGGGCCCCACAUGUCACUUCCCCUUGCAUAGUUACAGGUACCUGUCCUCGUGUGCUGUGUGAUCCGGGAUCCUCAAAUGAAGCAAUGAAGCAUCUUA